GAAAAUUGCUUCAGGUUUACUCAAUCCUUUCUUGCCCACCUGAAGACUGCUCAAGAUCAGAUUGCGAAGGGAGGUUAUUCUAUCUUGCUUGAACCUGAGCCUGGCAGUGAUUGGUUCACCAAGGGUACAGUAGAAAGAUUUGUUCGUUUUGUGAGCACUCCAGAGAUACUGGAACGAGUGUACACCUUAGAAUCUGAGAUCUUACAGAUUGAGGAAGCAAUUGCCAUUCAGGGCAAUGAGAUGGGACCUAGUGCUGUAAGUGUUAUCAAAGAGAAAUUCCAAGUAUGGUAA